CCUGUCGCCCGGCCCGCUCGCCCGCUGUCUCCGUCGCCGUCCCAGCCCCUCGGACACGCGGUCGCAUCAUGUCUUCGCCUCCCGAGGGGAAGCUAGAGACGAAAGCCGGACACCCGCCCGCCGUGAAAGCCGGCGGAAUGCGCAUUGUGCAGAAACACCCGCAUUCAGGAGACACCAAAGAAGAGAAAGACAAGGACGACCAGGAGUGGGAAAGCCCCAGCCCGCCCAAGCCGACCGUGUUCAUCUCUGGUGUCAUCGCCCGGGGCGACAAGGACUUCCCUCCGGCGGCCGCGCAGGUGGCUCAUCAGAAGCCCCACGCCUCCAUAGACAAGCACACGUCCCCGAGAACCCAGCACAUCCAGCAGCCUCGCAAGUGAGCAGCGGGACCCAGCGCCUCCAGCAGCGGUGCCUCAGUUUCCCGAUCUUUCGUGUUUCCUCAGCAGAGAAAACCAGCAUUUUCUUCAAAAAUACUGCUCCCCUGGGAAAUCUAAGACCAAGCCAAGUGCCCCUGCCUUUGCCUUAAAUUUCUGUAUCUGAAACUACAAAGGAUCUGACCCCCCAGCCUUGUGUCCACAGAGGCCCUGAUUGGUGGCCUUUGAGGAACGUGGUUUCCCUGUAAGGGCCAGAAGCCGAACUUGCCCAGACCUAAGUCAGGGAAGUUUCCAGAGCUCAGCUUUACGUCUCUGUCAGCAGUCAUCGAAGGCCCUACGUGUGGUCCCAAAAACAAGAGGGCACACAUUUUGGGAGGAUGGGAUAGAUAAAGGCCAGAGGAAACGUCACCCACGUCGUGC